AUGGACAGUUUGUUUGGAGUGCUUGGAAGGGGUGUUUCAAAACUAAAUAUCAAAUACAGUCAACAUUUGUCCGAAAGUUUACUACAAUUCUCUGUUAUGGGAAAAGUGGACGAACUCUUACCAGUGCUUCCGCCCACUUGUUUCUGCACAUAUGAAACGGGCCUCAAGUUCUUGGAUUCGCUUAACGCCACUCAAGCCCUCAUUGUUUUCGGAUUGACUAAUGAACUCAUAUCUAACCUCAAAUACCAGAUAAAUGCCGACCAAUUGACAGAACUGUUCGACAAACUCGUAAUAUUUGCCACAAAUAAUAAGUACAAUAAUCUAAAGAUUUGUAUUUUGGCCACAAAAUCAAUCGGAGCUCUCGUUAAUCGAUUUGACGGCAAAAUUGACGCUUUAAAUGAAAAACUCAAACAAUUCUUAAAACAAACCGAAGAAAGACUCGAUGACAGCGAACUGUCCGAAGAAAAUCAGUUAUUGAUAAUCAAUGCAUUGAUUUGGAGCACAAAAGGUUUGGUAAUUGGAGGACAUAUUGUGCGCAAGGAUUUCAUUGCUUUACUCAUGAAAUUGAUUGAACACAACAACAGUUUAAUCCGAAAUGAAAUCUCGAAAGCGUUUGCCGUCAUUCAGAGCAAAGAUGAGAGUUGUCUCACCAGUGAAAACAACGCAAACGUUCGCAUCCUUUAUAACCAGAGCUUUUAUUUUGAGACUUUUGACACACUUUUGAGCGGAUACUUGAAAUAUAAGACCGAAGACUCGGACAGAAAGCAGAUAUUUUUGAGCGCUUUAUUGACUCAAUUGAAUUUGAUACCAAAGGCUGUGUUUUGUAAUGAACUCAAAAGAUUAUUACCGAUGCUUUUAGACGCCAUCAGUGAUCACUCAAUCACUUCCGACUGUUGUCGUGAUAAUCAAAGAGCAGCGCUCGACGCUAUCUAUCAGAUAUUGAUUGACAAAAAUGAGCGCAUAUUAGAUCCCAGUUUGAAGAGCACUGUUAAUAAUUGUGUCAAUUUAUCGAUCAAUAGUCCGUAUCUUGAGGUGAGACGCUCUGCACUCAACUGUUUGGCAGAAAUUGCCCACAAUUUUGAGGAUUCAAUUCUGAAUCACUUGAGAGACGAAGUCGUCAGGAAUUUAAGGAAAACAUUGAACGAUAGAAAACGAAUCGUACGGAAGAGCGCUGUGAGAGCGCGAUGUAAAUGGAUUCUUAUCGGACAACCGGGAAAGUGA